AUGCCGGAGGAAGAUGUUUUAGAGCUCAAGUUUCGGUUGCUUGAUGGAUCGGAUAUUGGUCCAUUUCGAUACUCUCCGGCUUCCACAGUUGCCAUGCUCAAGGAGAGAAUUGUUGCCGAAUGGCCCAAAGAUAAGAAAGGCGGACCCAAAUCAGCAAAUGACAUAAAAUUAAUAAAUGCGGGGAAAAUUUUGGAAAACAACAAAACUGUUGGGCAGUGCAGAACACCUUUUGGGGAGCUUCCAAAAGGGGUAAUUACAAUGCAUGCUGUUGUACAGAUGUCUUUAACCAAGGCAAAAACAGAAAAAAAGAUGGAUGAGGCUCCAAAGACAAACGUCUGCGCAUGUGCCAUAUUGUAAGAAGUUAUUGAGUUUGUUUGUUGGUUGAGAUUUAUCUGGUGGGGGGCCAUUGUUUGGGGCUCUGUGGAAUCAAUCGGGUGGUCUGGUCUGGGGAAAAUAAUGUCAUACCAUAUAAUUGUUGCGCAGUGUGGGGGAAAGUUUGGUUGGUGUAAACAUAUAAAAUCCUUUAUUGUUGUUGUUAUCAUGUGUAGUGAGUGUGUGUGUGUGUGUUUUAUGUAAAAUUUGUUGCUUUAAGUUGCU